GUGCAUGCGCUCCAGUCACGAGCAAAGGAAAGGGAAAUCAUUGUAAAUCCCAUUCAGAGCCUUGUGCAUCCUUUAGACAAAACGAGGGGAGAAAAAAAAUCUGCUGUUUCCCUCCUCAACAUUUCGGCUGUGGGCUCUCUGUGCAGGCAGGCAUCGAUUGGCCGAGGUUCACCUGAAUGUUUUCCCCUAUAUCCACGGACAUAAAACUCCAGUCUCCUCUCAUCUGUCUCCACCAGCUUUAAAACGAACUCUUUUUGUAUUAUAAAGAAGUAUCGCUCAGGCUCGCGCGCUCCUGGAGCGGAGAUCUGGAGAUGAAGACAGAUUUCACGUUUUUCUGUCGGACUUGGAUUGGAAUAGCGUGUGCAUCAGGUCUGGUGAUUGGCUUCUCUAUGACUCCACCCAUCCUUGACAGCACCAAAAACGACCUAGUGAUUCCAGUCCACCAAACGCUCACUAUUACAUGCAGGGGACAGCACACUCUGGCCUGGACCUGGCCUGAUCAGACCCUGCUUGGACAAGAGCUAACCGACCGUCAGGCUCAGAUUUCAGCCACCAGUGAGCCCGGGCAGAGGGCGGUCCUGGUCAGUGAAUGUCCAGGGCAUCCUGCAAGGCCGUACUGCAAAAAGCUGGUUCUAAACGCAGCACAGGCAAAAGAUACAGGCUACUACCGCUGCCAUUACAAGGAUGUCAAGGCUGUCAUCGUCGGCACCACUGCUGUCAGCAUUUAUGUCUUCGUCAGAGACCCCGAGCAGCCCUUCCUCAAGAGAGACAGCAAGGCCAACGGGAACAACCUGGAGACCAUUUUAAUCACACGCUUCUCCAAACAUGUCAUAGUGCCAUGUUUGGUAACAGUGCCUGAUCUAAAUGUCACUCUUUACGCGUAUCCCACACCUCUGGACAAGAGUGGGAUGACAUGGGACAACAAGCAAGGCUGGUCCAUUCCCAGACAAACCAUUGACAAUGUGCCCAUGCUCAUCGGAGUUCUGUGUGUCGCCACACUGGGAGGGAAGGAGUUUCAAUCUGCCAACUACCUGUUCCACACCACAGGAAGUCAGGUUUACGAUGUCAAGCUGUUUCCUGAGAACCCUGUGGAGCUAAUAGUUGGGGAGGCCCUAACCCUGAACUGCACGGCGUGGGUGGAAUUUGACACUGGAGUGGACAUUCAGUGGUCUUAUCCUGGCAAACAGACGAACAGCCAUGUGGACAUAAGGCCCUAUCGUGAAGCUCUGUCUCAUGCCACUGAGGCUGUUAGCAUCCUCACCAUUGACAGUGUCAACGUCACAGACACUGGUCCCUACAGCUGCAACGUCACCAGCAUGAAAACAACAAUGAGCCAACAAACUCAGGUCAUAGUUUACGAGAAGCCAUUUAUUACUGUCAACUACAGAUAUGGUCCUGUAGUAGAAGUAACUGCUGGCCAUAAGUCGUACAAAAUACAAGUUAAUGUUUCUGCAUUCCCAACACCUGAGACACAAUGGUAUAAAGAUGGAAAGCUGAUAAACCAGCGGCUAGAGUUCAAGAUGAAGAGGAUAAGGAUUAAUGUUAACCAUGCUCUGGAGAUCAAGGAUGUUUGUCAGGAGGACUCUGGGCUCUACACUGUGGUGCUGAAGAACAGGGCCGCUGCCUUGGAGAGGAGGCUCAACAUCACGCUGGUUGUUAACGUUCCCCCUCAGAUCCACGAGAAAGAAGUGGCAGAUCCAUCCAGUCCAUACCCCAGCGGCAGCAGCCAGAUUCUUACAUGCACCGCAUAUGGUCUCCCUGCUCCUACUGUCAGCUGGCAGUGGAGGGCCUGGGGCCCAUGUAUCCUCAACAGCACACAGAGCAGACUGGUCCAACGAGACAGGAAGGGCCGGAGUGACAGGAUUGCAGACUGUCAGAACUGGCAGGACAUUAACUCAGGGAACUCUGUGAAUGAAAUCGAGGCCAUUGAAACAUCCAUGGAAUUGGUGGACAGCCGUCAAAAGAUAGUGAGCAGACUUCAGAUUCGAAAUGCCAGUGUCUCCGUCAUGUACAAAUGUUCUGCUGAAAACAAAGCUGGAAAAGAUGAGCGACUUAUCUACUUCUAUGUAACCACUAUCCCUGAGGGCUUCAGCCUGGACGUUCAGCCUUCAGAGAACCCCCUGGAGCAGGAGAGAGUGUCUCUGUGCUGCAGUGCUGACAACUACACCUACGAGCAGCUGCAGAUGUAUCGCCUGGACCCACAGGCCCUGCAGGACGAGCAGGGCAGGCCCCAGGAGCUGGACUGCAGGAGUGUGUACCUCUACGCAGAUUCCCUCAACGGCCAGCUCUCCUUCCAGGAGCCAUCAAACAGCUGGGUCCUGGACUUCACCAUCCCCUCUGUGCAGCUGCAGGAUGAGGGUCAUUAUGUGUGUGAAGCUCAGAGCAGGCGGAGUGGAGAGAAGCAGUGCCUGUUUAGAUACAUCUCUGUCAAAGCCCUGGAGGCACCACGGUACAAACGCAGUCUCACCAACCAGACGGUCAAUGUGACCGAGUCUCUGCGGAUGGAGUGUGACGUGGAGGGCAGACCCCUGCCCCGCCUCUCUUGGUUUAAAGACAACCAACCUCUCCACCAAAUGUCUGGGAUCCAGCUGCAGGAUUCGAACCGUACACUGAGCAUCCAGCGGGUUAGAGAGGAGGAUGCUGGGCUUUACACCUGCACCGCCUGUAACCAGCGUGGCUGUGUCCAGUCCUCGGCUGCUGUCAGAGUCAUAGGUUCAAGUGACAGAGCCAAUGUGGAGAUAGUAAUUCUCAUUGGGACCGGAGUCAUCGCUGUUUUCUUCUGGGCCUUGCUGAUCCUCAUCUUCUGCAAUGUGAAAAGGGUUAACCCUGCAGACAUAAAGACAGGCUAUCUGUCAAUCAUCAUGGACCCAGGGGAAGUGCCUCUGGAUGAGCAGUGUGAAUAUUUGCCCUAUGACUCGUCUCAGUGGGAGAUCUCCAGAGACAAACUCCGUCUUGGGAAGGUUUUAGGUCAUGGUGCCUUUGGGAAAGUGAUCGAGGCAUCAAUUUAUGGCAUCAGCAAAAGCAGCAGUUUAGACACAGUAGCUGUUAAGAUGCUGAAAGAUGGAGCAACAGCCAGUGAGCAUAAGGCUCUAAUGUCAGAGUUAAAGAUCCUGAUUCACAUCGGAAAUCACCUGAAUGUAGUGAACCUGGUAGGAGCCUGCACUAAGCCUAAUGGUCCACUGAUGGUGAUAGUGGAGUACUGCAAGUACGGCAAUCUGUCCAAUUUUCUGCGAGCCAAGAGAGAGUUCUUCCUCCCGUACAGGGAUCGCUCUCCUAAAACUCAGAGCCAGGUGAGACGUAUGAUUGAGGCAGGUCAAAUGGACCAAAGAGCCCGGCAGCCUGCUUCUCCACCCUCCUCCCGCCUUAUCAAUCCCCAGACUCCAUCUAACACACCCAGUCAGACUCCUGCGGUGGAAAAAAUGGAAGACUUGUGGAAAACUCCUCUGACUAUAGAAGAUCUAAUUUGCUACAGCUUCCAGGUGGCUCGUGGGAUGGAGUUCCUGGCCUCCAGAAAGUGUAUCCACAGAGACCUGGCAGCUCGGAACAUUCUCCUGUCAGAAAACAACAUCGUGAAGAUUUGUGACUUCGGCCUGGCCAGAGACAUAUACAAAGACCCGGACUACGUCAGAAAAGGAAAUGCCCGUCUACCUUUGAAGUGGAUGGCUCCAGAGAGCAUCUUCGACAAAGUUUACACCAGCCAGAGUGAUGUCUGGUCUUUUGGAGUUCUCCUCUGGGAAAUCUUUUCACUUGGUGCAUCUCCGUACCCGGGAGUCCAGAUUGAUGAAGAGUUUUGCAAACGGUUGAAAGACGGUGUUCGGAUGAGAGCACCAGAGACUGCGUCACCUGAGAUAUAUGGCAUCAUGCUGGCCUGCUGGCAGGGUGAGCCCAAACAGAGGCCGACUUUCCCGGCUUUGGUUCAGAUUCUUGGUGACCUGCUGCAGGACAACAGCCUACCUGACGGGAAAGACUACGUUCCUCUGAACUCCUCACAGAGCUCAGAAGAUGAUGGGUUCUCACAGGUUUCCUCACGGCCUCCGUCUGAAGAAGAGCUCAGGCUGGCCUGCAACACUCUGCCAAACAGCAGGUAUUAUAACUGCGUGCCCUUUGCCGGCUGUGUGUUUGUGGGACCCUCUAAAGUCUGCCAGCCCAGAGUGAAGACAUUUGAUGAGUUGCCCUUGGAGAUGCACCAACAGAAAGCUCCUCAAGACAACCAGACAGACAGCGGGAUGGUCCUGGCCUCUGAAGAAUUUGAAAGAAUUGAACACAAGCACAGGGGAGCCGCCUCGAAAAGUCGUAUGGGCAGCAGCAGCAGCACAGAGCCUCUCACAGCCUCCCAUGGCUCUCUGUGUCGCAGCAGUGAUGUCCUCAGCACCGGACACCGCCCACACUUCUUCAGCCAGCUUUCAGGACAAACUUUCUACAACAACGAGUACGGACAUCUGUCCGAGGAGGGCUUCAGCGACUUCUUCUCCUCGCCCGAUGCCUCCUGUCUGGCCUCCUCCAACGUGUAGUCUCACUGAAGAUGCAGCCCAGGAGAGAAGGUGUACAGCUCAUUUCAAAGCAGAGUUAAGGUGUUAACAUCAAAGGAUCAACAAGUAAUAAGUUACUUAUUAUUACAGAUCUGGAUUACUAUGACCAGAGCUGACCUCCUAUUUCACAAUCUGUCCUCUCCUGACGAGCUGCUGCCUCAACAAAUGGACUGAGCAACAAGUGCCUGUAGUUCCUCAAAUAAGCCACUGGGUGGCAGCAUUAUGUCAGCAUUUUUUACUCACAUAUUUGUAUUUUUAUCUUUUAUACACAGAGUAUUUUUUCUUUCAUUUGUACAAAUUAUUAUUCAUAAAGGAAGAAAUAAAGAAAUUUAUCUUCA